CUAAGAAAUGAAUUUUAUCGACGAUAGCAUCUUAAAUUUUUUUAGUUGGAACAACUAACUAUUGACGUAUUUUUUUUAGUCGAUAGUCUUAAUUAUAAUCAAUUAGUCCAACGUUGGUUAGUUAAGUGGUCAUGAGUAAUGAUCAACAGUAAUGAUAUGGUGAAAAUACAAUAAUAUGGCAAUUAACUUAAAUAUCGACAUAUCGGCCGGUCUUACGCGUAUUAUUAUGUCUAGUUUGUCUUUAAAUGCAUUUUUGACAUAACCAACGAUAAGCAGCGUUGCAGCGAAUUGACUACUACCGUCAUAAGCGUAUCAUUACAUUGUCAAAAUACCUUGUUAGUUGUUAUUUCAUCAUGGUGUCAUGGUACCUAAUAACGAGGAAAUACGGAUUAAAAAUAUGUUUAUAGCGUUAUUUUCUGUAUGAGACGAGAGCACGAGACCAUUAAGUACUAUCGUCCAAAAUGGAUAUUACGUGGACAGAUUUUCAUUUGGAUGAAAAUAUAUUUUAUUUUCACAAUGCUGAUCUAAAAAGUUUGACGUUUGUGCUCGAUAGUGAUACAAAAGACAAUUUUUAUUUGAACCUUUUAACUAAGUCCUUGGCAAAUGUAUUAGAUGCACCAAAUGAUCAUUCAAUGGUGCUUGCAGUACCAGGAAAAACUAAUUAUUUUCAUCCAAAGAUCCCAGCGUUUGAUGUUAAAUAUAUUGACAAUUGUAUUAAAAUCAAUGACUUUCCUGAUCCAACCAAAUAUUUAAUUAAGAACACAAGUACUGCAAAUUAUACUAAAGAUCAAAUAUUUGAUUGUUGGCUACAUCAAAAUCAAUCAUGGUCUGAUUUAGUCUCAGUUUCGGAAAAUCAAAAAAACUCUGGUGAAGAUUCUGAUGAUAUAUUUUCUAUAAAUUUACAUUUAGCUACUACUUCUUUAAGCGGUUCAUCUUUAAAAAACACAAGAAUACCCUAUUCACAUAAAGAAGAUGUCAGUAUUGUAAAAUACAUUAUCAAAAAUAAAUAUGCUUUCAAUGUUAAUGUGGUAUCAAUGUGGCAACGUAUGGAACAUGAUAAUGUAUGUAAAUAUCGUUCAUGGCAAUCGAUGAAACAGAGAUACUUAAAACAUAUUAAAAAUGAUUUAAAUUCUAAAAAACAUAGUUUUCCAUUUCUCACUCCGAAAAAAUUGCAAAUAUUACAACAAGGCUUAAGGUAUGGAAAAAAGAAAAAUAUUGAUAGAGAAGCAAUCAAAUUGAGAUGCAAUAAAACUCGCAAUUUUUAUGGGUCAACUACAGAUAGCAGUUCCUAAUUAAUUUCUUUAGUAAAAAAAUAUACAAUUAUAAUUUACUAUAGCAGAGGUUCCCGAACUUUUCACGGUACAACCUAUUUCAGUAAAUGUUUUAAUUUUGGCAAUUCACGACAUACUAAUGACCUUUAUUUUUACCAUUAUUGAUCGUUAUCUUUAAUCUAACAGCAAUGUGGUGUACUUAAUCUUUGUGAAUAUUGAUAUAAGAUAAAACUUAAUUCAAAUGUGGAAUGUAGUUGGGGCAAGGAAAGUACUGUAUCAUAUUUAUUAGAAUUUACUAGUAUUAUUUAUACAUAAAAUG